GUAUACUACUCUCCUAAAAAAAAAUACAGUAGUAGUACUCCUCAAUAAUCAAAUAUGGUAGACUUUGACCAAAAGGAGCCAAUCAUGCCAAAUCCGUGGACCCUCAUCUCUCUUUUAAACACGCAUUCAUAUUCAUUCGCUCCAUCUCUUCUCUUAUCGGGCGCGCAAGCCAUGGUGAGAGCGGGAGUGGCUCUCCAUGCCCUUCACGCCGGCGUUGGAAGAGGCGCCGCCGCCUCCCUCAGCCCGGCCGCGGUGGUGAUCUUGGCCGUCGCCGCAACGGUGGCCGUGGCAGCCGUCGCCGCGUUCGGCUGCGCGGACGGGGCCAAGAGGCAGCGGCGGAAGAACAGGAACGACGUCUACUACUACGGCCAGGGGUACCCGCCGCCGCCUCCCGCCGGCGCGUACGGCUACCCGGCGCAGCCGCCCCCCGCGGGGUACGCGUACCCGGCGGCGAACGCCGGGAGGCCUGGCCGCAGCGGGUUCGGCCCAGGAGCCGGGCUCGCCGUCGGCGCCGCCGCGGGGCUCGCCACCGGCGCCAUCAUCGCCUCGGCCGUUGACUCCGGCGGAGGCGGGUGCGGCGGCGGCGGGUGCGGGGGCGGUGGCUGCGGCGGCGGCUGCGGCGGUUGACGCGUGACGAGUUGUUGCUUAUCUGCUCGUGUUCGUAUUUGGUUACUAUAGUGGUUAGGCAGGCUGUCAGCUUCUCUAACUAUUUGCUCUUAUUUGUUUAUUCGCACGAUUAUUUGUAAUGCAUGAUUACAUCGUGAAAAUAUAUAAAUAUGAUUUGGAAUGCGUAUUGUCUAAA